AUGCUGCACAUGAGAAUCAUCACAACAUUAUACAUGGAUACUGUGCGGCACCAUGCUGCACAUGAGAAUCAUCACAACAUUAUACAUGGAUACUGUGCACGGCACCAUGCUGCACAUGAGAAUCAUCACAACAUUAUACAUGGAUACUGUGCACGGCACCGUGCUGCACAUGAGAAUCAUCACAACAUUAUACAUGGAUACUGUGCACGGCACCAUGCUGCACAUGAGAAUCAUCACAACAUUAUACAUGGAUACUGUGCACGGCACCGUGCUGCACAUGAGAAUCAUCACAACAUUAUACAUGGAUACUGUGCACGGCACCGUGCUGCACAUGAGAAUCAUCACAACAUUAUACAUGGAUACUGUGCACGGCACCAUGCUGCACAUGAGAAUCAUCACAACAUUAUACAUGGAUACUGUGCACGGCACCAUGCUGCACAUGAGAAUCAUCACAACAUUAUACACAGAUACUGUGCACGGCACCGUGCUGCACAUGAGAAUCAUCACAACAUUAUACAUGGAUACUGUGCACGGCACCGUGCUGCACAUGAGAAUCAUCACAACAUUAUACAUGGAUACUGUGCACGGCACCGUGCUGCACAUGAGAAUCAUCACAACAUUAUACAUGGAUACUGUGCAUGGCACCGUGCUGCACAUGAGAAUCAUCACAACAUUAUACAUGGAUACUGUGCACGGCACCAUGCUGCACAUGAGAAUCAUCACAACAUUAUACAUGGAUACUGUGCACGGCACCAUGCUGCACAUGAGAAUCAUCACAACAUUAUACACAGAUACUGUGCACGGCACCGUGCUGCACAUGAGAAUCAUCACAACAUUAUACAUGGAUACUGUGCACGGCACCGUGCUGCACAUGAGAAUCAUCACAACAUUAUACAUGGAUACUGUGCGGCACCGUGCUGCACAUGA